CAUAAUCCAUCCUGCUUCUUGGGUGUUCACUGUAUAUCUUGUUACGAUGAGACACACUUCCCAUUGUGUUAUCGUUCUAAUGAAUGUACCCAAUUAUUUCUUCCUUCCCAUUGUGCUACAAGGAUACGUCGGCGCCCCUCAUCCUCCCACCUACAGCCAGCCCGCCGUCGCCAUCCCCAAGUUGGUUAUGUGGUGGUGCUACUGGUAGAGAUCACACAUGGUCAAGUAUUAGCGGACACAGUUGUGGCCGAUUCACAGAAGAUCAGUCAACGAGAACAGAGCAAGCAAGGCGAGACCUUUAUCGAUAUAUGCACUACCACAACAGAUACAAGGCUCAUACUGAUUCUCUUAAGCAGGAAGAAAAGCUUAAGCGCGACAUCCAGUGGAAGAUAUCCAUUUCUGAAAAUAAGGAUUCCAAGAUAAAAGAUUACUCUUGGGUGAUAAAUGGACUGAACAGGCUUUUCAGAUCAAGGCGUGUUCUUUCAUAUUCUUAUCCUUUUGCAUUCUACAUGUUUGGUGACGAGAUUUUCAAGGAUGAGAUGACUCCUGAGGAAAGAGAACUCAAGCAGAAUCUGUUUGAGGAUCAGCAACAACAAUUAGAGUUCAAUGUUGACAGGUUAUCUGGCUUCCUUGAGAAGGAUUUUCAAAAUUUUAGCGACGAGGAGGUUAUGGAUACAAUGAAGCAUGUUAUCAAUCUUUCCAAUGUGGUAGAUAGGCUCUGCAAGCAAAUGUAUCAGUGCAUUGAUAAUGAUUUGUUGUACCCUCUCUGCAUGCCUCAUAAUAUUGCCCCAUACAAAUCUAAGGGUCUCGAUAGAGCAUCAGAGCUCCAUAUUAGUUUGGACUCUGCUGAACAAAGUUCGCCAUCUAUGAAAUGUAGACAGGAUGAAGACAAGAGUCAACCUGGUUUAUGUAGUGAAUCAGGCUCAUCUCUUACGGGAAAUCGACCUAUUCUUCAGCUGCAUGGAGCAAGUUCCGACAACAAUGGACGCCGGUCUCACAAGAGAGAAAGAAGAGAUGCUUAUGGCGGCGGUGCUCUUUUUGAUCUCAACGUGCCAGCCGAAGUGGCGGACAAGAUCUGA